GUUAUGACCGCGUAGGACGGCCAUCUUCCCUAAAACACAAACAACAAGAGCGUACCAGACAUCAACACGCAGCGACCGUUGGAGAGGGAGAGAGAGAGCUAAAAAACAGUAAAAACGGAGCGGGAUUCUCGAGGAGGCGCACAGAACACAAACAACUGCACAUGCAUCCGAAGUGAAGAUCGUCGAGUUUGACGGGGCGACUGGACAGAGAAAUCGCAUCGACAGCUCCAGAAAUACGAUAAAGGAGGGAGAGGGAUUGUCGGCGUGAGGAGGGGGUCACCAGCUGGGACCUGGUCCAUACAGAUUUGACAGAAAGAGUUCGAAAGACACACACAAAUAGAGAAAGAGAGAAGCUUAUUGGGGUCAUAACUGCUUCUGGCAGCUGAAUUAUCAACAAGUUUGUCUCUUUUUUUUCCGUCUCUUUGUCUGUUUUGUUUGUUUCCUGUAGUCGAUCGACUUUAGACGUCAGUAUCAAAGCUCUGCAGUUUUUGCAGUCCAACAGGUAUUACUCAUUUUAGGGGGGUUUGAUUUCUUUUUUUGUUUGUUUGUUUUGUUUUCCAUUUGCUUUUAUUUUUUUGUUUUCAUCGGCUUUGAACAAGAGAGCUCUUACCGUGUCGGACCUUUUCUGUUUCUGCUCUCCUGCACACACACCCUGAAGAAGGCAGCUAUAGCCCUACUCUCUCUUAAGUUGGCUACACUGAAACACACACACACCUACACACACCUUUCAACCCUCUCACCCAGACCUGGUCCAGCCUUUGCCUGCGCUACUCCCCCGGACAGGACUUUCACCUCUGAGAAGGAAGGAAGAAUAUGACUGCUGAAACACUCAACUUUGGCCCAGAAUGGCUCCGUGCACUUUCCAGUGGAGGCAGUGUGUCUUCCCCUCCUGCCUCUCCUGCUAUGCCAAAGUACAAGUUGGCCGAGUACCGUUAUGGCCGAGAGGAGAUGCUAGCACUUUAUGUCAAAGACAACAAGGUCCCUGAAGAAAUGCAGGAUAAAGAGUUUGCUGCUAUUCUACAGGAUGAGCCUCAGCUGCCACUGGCACUGUUGCCUCUCACUGAAGAGGAGCAGAGGAACUUCUCCAUGUCUGUCAACAGUGUGGCUGUGCUGAGGCUUAUGGGUAAGGGUGGCGGGGCCGCCCCUGCUGGGGUGAAUCGAGGCAGAGGCACUGUGAGAGGCGGUCGAGGUCGAGGGAGAGGAGAGGGCGGUUUCUACCAAAGAAGCAGUGAGGAAGUAGAGGGCGGUUUUGGUCGUAGCGCUCGAGACAUCCAUCGCAGUCAGAGCUGGGAUGACAGAGGUGAGAGACGUUUUGAGAAACCUCUGCGGAGGGAAGGUGUGCGUCUGGGUUUCGAGGAAGUGGGUCCGGGUGGCAGAAAGGAGUUCAUGCGCUCUGAUAGCGACAACUGGCGCAUCCUGAGAGAGGAGCAGGAGGAGGAGGACACAGGAGAGACUGGAAACAGCUGGAGACUCACUGGCGCACGAAGAGAUGAUGCUGGUCCUCGCUCCGCCGGUUGGCGCGAACACGCUGGUCCGGGUGAAGUUCGCCGCAGGAAGUUUGACUUCGACUUCCGGGAUGGAGGGAAUGAGGGAGGCAGACGGAGAACAGGCAGCGAAGGAGCAGAGGAUGAGAGAGAUGGUCUGCCGGAGUGGUGCACAGAUGAGGAAGAUGGAGAAAUGGGAACUUUUGAUUCUUCUGGAGCGUUCAUGUCUCUUAAGAAGGGCCCGAAAGACCCAAUUCCAGAAGAGGAGUUUGAUUUCCAGGGAUUGGAGGAUGAGGAAGAGGACUGUGCUGAUCAAGAGAAGAAAAAUGGCACAUGUGCUGAAAAAAGCGAGAAAGAUGGCACUGACUCUGCUCCAGUGUCUGAAACUGAAGUGAAACCGAUUUCUCCUUCCCCUCCCUCUCCUCUCCCUCAGUCUCUUUCUGCUCCUGUCACUGAGACUGUGCCCUCUAUUGCCCCCUCUGGCCUGGAGGAGCCUCAACCUGCCCCCUCCAUUCCCAACAAACUACCAAGUGAAGUGUUAUCAGAGGCCAUGCUUGAUUUGAGCCCCAGUGCCUCCUCCAGUCUGCCUUCAUCGCCUCCCUCUUCGUCCUCUGCUGCUACUGACCUCCCACCACCGGGGGGUGAUAUCGAGGAUGAUGAGGGCAUGAAGCACCUGCAACAGGAGGCAGAGAAGAUGGUGGCAGCGCUCCAGGACACAUCUCUAGAGGAAGAGUGUUUCACCCAGACUCUUCAGGAGAGCAGAAACACGGCCUCUGCCCUUCCUCUCUCCCAUGACUCUGCCAUGAAAUGGUUUUAUAAAGACCCACAAGGAGAGAUUCAGGGUCCUUUCAGUACAGUGGAGAUGUGUGAAUGGUUUCAGGCGGGGUAUUUCGCCAUGAACCUGCUUGUUAAACGUGGUUGUGAUGAGGGAUUUCAGCCGCUGGGAGAAGUCAUUAAGAUGUGGGGGCGUGUGCCUUUCGCCCCUGGCCCCUCCCCUCCGCCCCUCCUGGUGAGGAAGCAAGCCGACCUUCGCCCUCACCCACCCCGGGGGCCAAUCGGUAAUAUGGAUCAGGAGCGGCUGAAGAAGCAGCAGGAAUUAGCGGCUGCCACGGCUCUUUACCAGCAACUCCAGCAACAGCAGCUGUUCCAGCUCAUCAACAGGUGUGGAGAGCAGGGUAUGAUGCCUUCGUUAAACAGGUCGAUGUCAGUGCCAGAUACAGGGUCCAUGUGGGACAUGCAUACCUCAGCCUCACAGCCAGCAGGCGGUGAGGCCAGUCUAUGGGACUUAAUGAAUUCUUCAACUCAGGGUCCAAUUCUAGAACAGCUUCAGAAGCUACAAGAGAGAAGAGAAGCUGAACUCAGGGCCAAGCGUGAGGAAGAGGAAAGAAAACGGAGGGAUGAAAAAAGGCGAGAAGAGCAGAAAAGGAGAGAGGAGGAGGAGCUUUACAGGCGUAAACAGCAGCAGGAUUUGCUGAUGAAGUUGCUCCAGCAGACUCAGCGUCAGGGUUCCUCAGGCUCCGGGUCGAGCUGGAACGGAGGAUCCAUCCCUGGGCUGGGAAAGCAGACCAAGCCCCUCAACCUCCUGGAUGUCCAGCAGGAGGCUGAGAGAAUGCACAAACAACAGCACAGAGUCCAGCAGCAGCAGAGGUGGGGGGAUGCCUCUUCAUUGUGGGGAGCGGCUGGAUCUUUGGAUGGAAAGGUGGGUGGUGGAAGCCCCUCUGGAGGAGGGAUGGGAGUCUGGGACGAGGCCCUCAAGAACCAGAGCACACAUCGCAACAACAUGGGCCUGAAGAACAGCCGCAGCAGUCCCUCAUUGAGCGAGCAGUACAUGAUGAGAGGCCGUAAACACACUGAGGAGGAGGAGCGGCUGUUGAAGCUCCUGCAGGGGAUGAAGUCUCAGGAUGGCUUCACCACCUGGUGUGAACAGAUGCUGCAUGCUCUCAACACCUCCGCCAAUAACUCCUCCUCUUCCCAGGAUGUGCCUACCAUUGUGGCGUACCUGAAGGAGGUGGAGUCCCCGUAUGAGGUGUUGAACUUUAUCUGCUCCUACCUGGGUGAUACUGUUGAAGCCAAAGAGUUCGCCAGACAGUUCCUGGAGCGCCGUGCCAAACAGAAAGCUAACCACCAGAGACAGCAGCAGCAGCUCUCCAAAGAGAUGGCUGGACUUAGCAUGAACAACAUCCCUCUGCAGGAUAACCUACGUGGAAUGAACCCCAGUGCCCUGCAGUCGAUGUUUUCUGGGAAGGGGGGUGUGGUCUAUGAUCAGGCAGCAAAGCUGAAGAAGAAACAGCCCACGAUGCUGCACUCUGACCCAAGCAUCUUAGGGUACUCAUUCCACGGUGGCCCUGAUCGGUAUGGUCUGAACGAGAUGGAGAUGGUGGAGGAUUACUGAAUCCACAGCAAUAGCUUCACGAGGCCUUUAAACCCGCGGGUCCACCUAAUCAGACUCCGCAAGUCCAAUGUGCACUGCUUUGAGGGAGAGGGGUUUGGGGAUAAGCCAGGAGUAAGGGAUCAGUUUAGGGGCGGGUGGGUUUUGCUCUGGGAAUAGAAGAAUGUAAUUCAACAGGGAAGGGGAGCAGGUGUGAAUUUAUUUUUGUGUGUGUGUUUUCGGGGGAUGGGGUGGGGGGAGUGAUAAAGUUCUGGCACUUACAGCAUUAAGCACCUUACACUCAGACUAAUGCACUUUAUUAAGAUAGUUGUUUUUUUUUCUUUUUUGAGAAGAUUUACUUGUAUAUUUAUGUGGUAUGCUUCAGAAAUGCUACCACAUAUAUAUACUGUGUGUGUGCGCGCAUGUGUGUUGAAUCAGAACUGGAGUUUGUGCUGGGAGGAAAUGGUGGCGAUUGGGGGACCAUUGUGUGUUUCAGUUCAGACAUUAUCAGAAAAACAGAUCCUCUCUUUAAAGACAGACACUGUUGUUUUUUAUAUACUUAUAUAUAUAAAGUUUCUAUUAAAAAACGUAAAGAUAUUCAAAAAAAAAAAAAAACUUUGAUUAUAAAACUUGAAGAUUUGCUCUCAAAUAAAAUGCAAGUUUAAAAAGAAAAAAAAAAGCGUUAGACAUAAUAGAGAUGAAUAUUUUUGUGAUCGUGUGUAUGUCUAUACACGCAUGUUUGUUUGAGAUGAACGAGAGAGUGUGUGUGUGUGUGCGUGCGUGUGAGCGUUUAAAACAUACCAGUCUGCACAAUGUAUUUUUUUUAAAUCGCUUACUUAGACGUAUGAUCAAAACAGGCCAUUUCGUCAUACAGAGUGAUUUUGCUUUUCUUUUUUUUAUGAACUGAAUGUGUGAAUGUGAAUGCUUGUGUACAAGAGGAACUGUGUGUAUUACUCCUCUUGUAAAUGUGCAGUAUGUGAACGAACGAAUGAAUGAAAGAAAGACAGAAAGAGGGGGGCAACGGCACAACACAUCCUCUUUCACCAGCCCUUCCAUUCCCCAACAAAGAAACCUCUAGAUUCAAACACAAAAGCUUUAGCCCAUUUUACGCCAACCAGCACUCUUUAGUUUUUAUGGUGGGGAGUGCAAGAGACGUCUGUUUUCCUGCCUCCGCUGCUUCAUCUUUGCCUCUGUGAGGUUUAAGAACGUGUCGUUAGCAUCAUUGUUUUGUUUGUGUCUUGUUGACGAGCUCAAUCUUGUAUACCUUUAGGAAAUGGUUACUUGUGGUACAUACAUUGCAUCGUGUGUGUGUGUGUGUGUGUGUGUUUCUGUCCCCACAUGUGUGCCUAAGAACUAAAGGGCGAAUGAUUAGACGUCAUUGCUGCCAUUGAGACAUUAUUUUUUAGCAAAGGGGCGUGGUUUCCUUUGGAAGGCUCCGCCCCCACAUGCCUCCCAUGCUUAUGAACCAAGAGCCUGUCUCUGUACAGUUCUAUUGUAGCCUGGGGAUGCUUGAAUGAAAAAUGUUUGAUAUUUGGAGGAUGUGACCUAACAUUGCCUUUCUGUCCACUCUCUUGCUCUCGAGUGACUGAGGUUUUGACCAUUUCUGGCUGAAAAAAAAAAAAAGAAGAAAAAAAAAAAGAUCGCAACAAACUGUGCAAGUGCACUCAGCGGUGCACAAAAUGUUUGUAUAUUUUGUUACUUGUUCAUUGUUGUUGUCGACGACAAUGAUGGUGAUUUAUUUUUUCUUUUAAUAUUAUAUAUGAUUAUAUAUGAAUCUAUGAAUAGAAGCAAAGUAUUGGACUACAAAAGGAAGAGCACCUGGGGCUGCUACUUGUUUUUUUUUUUUAGUUUAGAAAAUUAUCCUUGGAUUUUUUUUUUAGUUGCCACCAUGUGAAGUGCAUUUGUGUACUUAUUUUUCUUCUUAUAAAAAAAAGAAAUGUUGAAUGUAUUCCAAAAAUGUAACUGUGUCAAUUGAGUUGCUCAACACAGGAUAUUAAAGCGUAAUCAGCGGGACAUCAUCAGGAGCGAAAUCGAAAACACACUGCCUCUACAAUCCUGUUCAUACAGACUUUGACUAUGAAAAUGAAAACUUAAAAGAUAUUCUAUUCCAUACUGGAGUUUUGGUUGUUUACAAACCACACAGACAUUUGUGGGUGCUUUUUCCCCUUUAUUUUUGUGAUUGAAUAUGCGAUUCUGCAGUUGAGACUUUAAUGGCAUGACGUCAGACCCUUCCUUUGCAUGUGGAUAUGAACGCAGCCUAUAUAACUUGCUGACUGAAACAAACUUGGAUCGCUGGAACACAAGUAAUGGAAUUACAUCAAAGAUUUCAUGUACCUUUAUCUUACGGAAAGGGUUUCGUAAAGGCGACCAUAUUUGUUUACCGAACUUCUGUUCGUUUGUUUACCUUUGACUAAUCUUUCUUUGUAAUGGAAUCAAAUUGAUCAAGACAGAAGAAAUGCUUUAUGUACCUGGAAAGAAGGCAAAAAUCAAGACGGCACAGAUGACCUCUUGGUACUGUAAGAUGCAUAUUGAAUGCUUUAAAAUUGUUUCCCUUUUACCCAGUCAUCUUUUGGCUUGUGGAUUAUUGUGGAUGGACAUAUCUGUGAUGGGUGUUGAUGAGAAGAACAACAAAAGAGCAUAUGUGUGACCUCAGAUCUGUUUGAUAAUUCCUCGCGUUUUAUUGUUUUUUUUUUUGGUUUCCUCCCCUCCUUCUCUGUUGGGUGUCUUCAUAAAGAUAACAAAGGGACUAGCACUGCCCUGAUGCCCUCUAUGCACUUUUCCUUUGCUUAAAACUGUGAGGAACUUUCACUUGGGCUCGGAGAGAGCAGACGGAAUGCAAGAUGCCCGCUUUCUGUCAGCAGAUGGACGCUGGGAGAGAUUUCGACGCCCUUGCAUGAAACUAAUUUUCCUUCUGUUGGUUGUUUCUCGAUCUGCUUGAGAACAACACCACACAAGCUUUACCGUAAAUGGAUAAGGGAAGUUUCAGACACAUUAGGACUUAUGGAAAAAUCCUUGGAAUUUUCCCGUGGUGGAUUUUCACUGAACAAUGUUGGUAUAUAUGACUAUACAUACAGUCUCCAAACUUGGUUACAAUGUGGAGAUUCAGAACAGAUUCACUCAACAGUGUUCUCCGUUAUGUAAAAAGGAUUAAACUGCUUGGUCCAGGGUGCUAGCCAACGCAAAAUGUUUUAUUUUUUUUGUGGAUUGGAAUUAGUGGAUGACUGAAAAAUAUUUAUGGAAAAAAAAAAAAAAAGGACUGGAGGACAAUUUUUUUUUAUUUUUUCCUAUUGGAGAUGAACCAAUAAGCUCCAUCAGCUCUAUCGCCACCUGCUGACUUCAUGGCUGAACUUCACUUUUGUCUUGAAGUGGUUACUGUGCUACAAGACCGUCUGUUUGAUCUUUGCUGUUCCAGAUCUUCAGAUGAAGACGGAGACUCUCCAGUGUUUCAUGUUGCGUCUCCACCUCCCUCUUAAUUCUUGUCCUCAUCCUUCAGAGAAAGAUCCCAAGGUCAGGAAUUUCAAACAGCAUGUGAAAUGAUGAGUGCAUGACGAGGACUAAAAGCCCAGGAGGAGGUCUAGACCUGCAGUUUCAUUGCACCGUAUUCGGUCUACUCUGAGGAACAUGUUUCCUUGCUAGGAGGAGGGAGUGAACUGUGAAUGCUGGAAGAGUGAACUAUGAGAUCUCAAACCUGCACAGAAUAGUGCAGCCAGGGCCAAACACCACACGCACAUUAAUAACUGAAAUACACCUGCACACACACACACACACACAUACACACACACAGACAUGAUUUAACACAGUUCUACUACACUUCAUCUCUGGCUGCCAUGUAAAUAAUGUAUAUAACCCCUAAACCUUUUCCCCUUCUCUGUUUGGUUUCAGAUUUGUUUGAUUUUUUUUUUUUCUUCUCUUUUAUGACAUGCCUUAACAGUUCAGUUUUGCCUAUUAAGGCACACUUAAGAUGAGUAAAACAAAAAAAAGUGUUAAUAGUCAUCGAGACUAGCUCUAGUGACAUAAUAGCGUGUGAUUUUUAUUUAAGAAACCCUUAAAACAUUAUGAACCUGCGAAAUGAUUUAUAUAACAUUACAAAUGAUCCCCACAAAAGACGUGUAAUUAAUUCUUGUUAUGAGGAUACACCCUUAUGCUUUGCAUUUUCAAUACUCCAUGCAAAAAAGUUUCCAAGUCAGCAUUGUGUCAGAUGUUUUGAUUUUUGAGCUCAAAAUCAACGAAGGCUGUGUAGAAGUGCUUUUACUAACACAUGCUUGAGUGUCAGCUUCAACUGUUCCUGAGCUAAAGAUCUGUUGGUGGGGGUGCUGUCACUCUGGGAGUACGGUGUUGCCCUUUUAAGAUGAUUAAUUGUGUAAUGUUGCAGGUCAGAUGAAUGUCUUGACUGGUAUGCAAAAAUCCAUGUUUUAAAAUGUUAAUGAUGAUAGAAAUACAGAUUUCUCAUAUCUAUUGAUUCGGUGUGUGAAGCAACAAUACUGUAUAGACUGUCACAGAGCUGUGUGUUCAAGUGAUCAACUGCAUAAUUGGCUGAUUCUAAAUCAUAAGAUCUUAUACUAGUUAUCAUUGCUAUCACACACAUCUGAGGUGGAUGUCUAUUGAAAUGUCCAAAAAUGCAACAAUUCAAGAAAGGUCAUAAGAAUCCAUUUUGACAAUAAUGUUUGAAAAUUCAUUAUGUAAAUAGUUUUUUGGGGAUUUCUGGUUUGUUUGGAGAAAAACAAUAAAUACUUCAGAAAGAA